AUGGAUUUCGACUUCGACGACGAUGUCUUUGUUAGCAAGGAAAAAAGAACGAUCCCUGAACAAGAACCUUACACAGCCAAGGAGGAAGUUGAUGGGUGGUUUCAUAAUUUUGACAGCUAUGAAGAUCUCAUGAUGCAGCGACAUGGACCCAACCAGCUUAAGAGCGCCAUUGAACACGACUAUAUGUAUAAACGCUAUGAAAGGGCAUUGGACGGUGCGCUCAAGUAUAUCGAACUUGCCAAUACAGAAGACUGCAAAGUGAGCUCGACCCGAGAAAUGAGCGAGAUCGCUAUUCACUGUGCUCUCCACCUCAAUCGCAUCGAUCUCGCUGAGCAACUCACGGAUACGAAACAGGUAUCCAUGGAGACUGGUAGCAUUUUCUUGGAAGCCCGCGUAUACGCUGCUUGCCCCCACCGCCAAGAUGAUGCAGUAUCAGCAAUUGUACGAUACCAAAAGCUACGCAAACAGGAUUAUCAGGCAUGGCGUCUCUUGGCUACCAUUAUGCGCUGCAAUGACGACCAAAGUAUGAGGAACCAUAUCGCCAAGCUCGCCAUUGAACGUGCCAUUAGGAUCAUGACUUCUAGUCGCUGGGCCAUGAAUGUUCCUGUUGUCAAGAAACGCUAUGAACAUGAAUUAUCCAUCCUUCAAUCUAUUCUACACGACAUCCCAGGUGGUGAUGCUAGUAAAUUCCUUGCAUGGAUGAUGGAGGAACCUCUCACUGAUGAACGCAUGGUCCAGGCUGGCCUUACCAUGUUCAAGCCCGAUGAUAUAGACUUUAUUUUUAGACAAGCAGCAAAGUAUAGUGAUCAAGAAAACGAAGAAGAUAAAGAGCGUAACCCACGUGAGCUUUAA